AUCAACACGAACAACAGCUGUAGCUUCUGUGGCUUUUCUUGACUCUUCGCUACAGUUUUAUCGACAAGGAUCACGCAGCCGUGCUCGAAGCAGCAGAAACUAACGGACGCGUCGUUUCUCCUCACGUUCUACCCUCAGCGAGCAGCAUGGCCACAGACUGGUUGGAGAGCGUCGUGUCGAUAAACUGCGGCCUGACGUUAGGAGUUUAUCAGGGAUCCGUUUCCUCCGUGGAUCACAGCAACCAGACCAUCUCUCUGAAGCUUCCCUUUCACAACGGGGUCAGGUGUUCCCUCCCAGAGGUCACCUUCAGUGCCAGGGAUAUAAAGGAGCUGAAGAUCCUGGACUUCCAGAGAACCGUCACUGAGCCCAGUUCUGAUCCGGGUUCUGCAGCAGAACCGAGCCUCGUCCCUGCAGAACGUCAGGGACAAAGAGACCCUCUUCAUCCUCAUCUUCAUCAUCAGGGGACAAACAGCACGGCUCCCAUCACCAUCGUACGCAGAGGUCAGUCAAACGUCAGAGGGGCGACUCAGAGGAAGAACAUGGUGAGGAAUGGAGGUCCGAGGACGAGAGACGACGAGUGUUUCGGAGGAGAGACGGACAACAACAUGGACUCUGACUUCGACUUCGAGGGGAACCUGGCUCUGUUCGAUAAAGCUGCCGUGUUCUCAAAGAUCUCCUCUCUCAGUUCAGAGGGAGAGAAACAGACGUAUCGCCACGACCAGAACAUCCUGGAGGUCAAACCCAUCGUUUACAGACAGAUAACGGUUCCUCAGCAUCAGCACGGGGGGAAAGAGUACUGCACCGACUCAGGCCUGGUGGUUCCCAGCGUGACCUUCGACCUUCAUAAGCGUUUGUUAGCGUCUGCAGAGCGCUGGGGUCUGUCUGUGGAGCGCCGGCUGGAAACCAUCGGGGUGUGUUCCAGUCAGAUGGCCCUCACUCUGCUGGGGGGACCAAACAGACUGACCCCUAAGAACGGCCACCAGCGGCCCGUGGUGGUGCUCCUGUGCGGGCCUCACCUGCAGGGGGCGCAGGGCGUCAGCUGUGGACGACACCUGGCCAACCACCAGGUGGAGACGGUCCUCUUCCUGCCAAACUGCCUCAAGAUGCAGGAGUGUGUGAGCAGAGAGGUGACGCUGUACAGCCGGAGCAGCAGCCAGCAGGUGGCCAGCAGCAGAGACCUGCCUCAGACCCCAGUGGAUCUGGUCAUAAACUGCCUGGACCACCAUGAGAACCCCCUGCUGAGAGAGCAGUCCUGGUACCAGUCAGCCGCUCUCUGGGCCAAUCAGAACCGAGCUCCGGUGCUGAGCAUCGACCCGGCGGUGGGCACCGUGCCUCAGAGCGUGGAGGCAAAGUGGACCCUGUUCCUGGGCCUCCCUCUGGAUGUGGAGCAGACGGAGAGCAAGGUCUACCUCUGUGACGUCGGCAUCCCAAAGAGGGUGUUCCAGGAAGUGGGAAUCAGCUACCACUCGCCCUUCGGAUGCAAAUUUGUCAUUCCUCUGCACACGGCAUAAAAAUGUGCUCUGGAAAAACUGAAACGUUGACUUGAAUUGAAUGUUUGAUGUCCACAGAUGUGACAUAACUGUAUUAGGGUCCACUUAAUAACUAACCUACUGCAGUUAUGAGACAUUUGUUGACAUAAUACAUCAAAUGAAAGUCAAUGUUUUCCGAGCACAUUGACAUCACUUUGGUUUAAAGGUACCUCUAAAUAUAUGUAGCAAUAGCCUAAGAGCAACAACACCACAUGAUGGAAACUCCCGGGGUUUCGUUGCGUGCGGACCCUCUUGUUUUUGCAAAAGAAAGCGGCUUCCUGUCCGUCUCCGUGUUGUGAUAAGGGCUCUGAGACGAGGUGGACAUGUUUACAAAAUGCUGACCACUGCGAGUCUGUCUGUGACCUCUGACCCUGAGACACACUUCCUGUUUCCUAAUUCAGAUUGUGAUCCUGACCCCGUGACCUUUUGCACGACUGCCAACACAAACCCGACAUCCAUGUUUUGUUAUUUUGAUGUAAUGCCAUUUUGUACUCGCUUAAACGGGUGGUGUUGUGAUGAUGUAGCACGUUUUUCACUGAGAGGGGGGGGGAUGUAUAUUUGUAUUUAUUUUUGGGACACGUCUCAGGAACAAUGGUUUGACUUUAUAUUUGCAUUUAUGGCACAUCUUUCUACUGAAAUUAAAAGUGUUAGGGGGCUCGCCUGGGGAUUAAUCUUCAAAGUCUCGACGAUUAAAACGUGUUUUUUUUUAAGCACACAUUCCACGGAGCAACUUCAUCUCUGGGGAUUAUAGCUAGUUCGUUGUGAAGAAACCUAAUUAUUUAUCAUUAAACAUUUUCCUUUGACACAUCAGAGAACCACUUUGUCUCUCGUGGUCAUCUUGUGUUAAACCUCAGAGCAGAACACAUUACUGAUAAAGGGAGAAAGCCUUAUCGUCAGUGGCAGCUACGCUCUUCUGAAAUGACGCUGGUAUCUUCUUUAAAAGCGUUUUGUUUUUUCAACCAGCAAAAAUACAGCACUUCAAUUUAAAACCUCAGAGUUGUGAUUUUAUAAAUGUCUGAUUGAUAAGGAAUACUUUACUUUAAAGAAGGCAGUGUUUUUGGUAUGGAAAAGUAAAUAACUUAUCGAUUUGGUAUCAGCUUUUCACCUUGUGCUACUUUGAAUGAUUGAAAAACAAAUCCCACGUACCGCACUCAUUCAUGAAUUUUCCCUAAAACCUUUCUAUUUAAAACACUUCUGCAUUAACACUGACAGCUUGAGCUACUCUUCGGUGUGUGUGUGUUAAAUAGAGAGAAACUGCAUGUGUUUGUAAACUUUAUUUGAAGAGUAUACCAGUACAUUGAUGAGAUUAUACUCCAUGAUUUGUGUGAGUUUCAUACCGUAUCUUUACUUCAAUUCGUCAAGACUUUUCCCAGUUGUUUAAUGAUCAUUCAACGUGGAGAUGUGCCAGUUAAAAUAACGUUUUCUCUACAAAUUCAAGGUGACACGGGGUGAACAAUGUAUAUACAAGUUGUGGGUGAAGUAUUAACGUUCGCACUCUGAGUAUUAUUGUAAUGCUCUUCACCAAUCAGCAGCCUCUGAAUUGAGUUUAAUGAAAGGGCUGAAUUGUAUAUUUUGUGUAAAGUGGUGGCCUCGCAUUUCUAGUAUUUAGGGCUGUAAAAAAAGUCCCGUUGAUAUUCUGAGGAGAUGCAGAUGCUUCGAUGACACUAUAUGCAGAGGAAAGAAUAAAAUAAAU